AUGCCCCUCAGAAUCACAUCCAGCCACAAGGCCGUCUACGUGCCAUCAUCCGACGCAGCACCCGACUCAUCCGACCUGUCCGAGCUAUCCGAAGACGACCAUAUCGAACCUGACGACUCUGACGACGAAACCUUCUUCGACCAAACCGGCUACGAGAUCGGCCCCGCAAUAGCAACCAGACAGCUAAGUAUACACCAUUACAACGUGAAGGAAUGGGAUACUCGAGACGCGUACCGAGAACUGUACAAACAUUGGAAACAAACAAUCAUCAAAUCCUUCGCCGUAGAAGAUACCUUCCACCAUGAGCACUCAGAAACCCACAACCAUAUCACAGUCAAGGCCCUAAUCCCAACCUGGCCCGGAUACAUGGGGUUCAUCAGAUACAGCAAAAUAACAGGGACAAUCACGUUUAUUAAUGCCGAUGCCUACCUUCUACAAUCCACACAUACCCCAGAAAACGACAACGACAACGCCGCCCUCUUCCACUUCCAAUACGACCGACUCAAAGCCAUAGCGUACGUCCUACUCGUCUCAGGAUUCAACAUCCAAAUCACCUCCCGAAACCAUAUCUGGACAUUCAACCUACCACUUACUCCUGAUUCCUCUCCCCCAAACAAAACCAUUCCAUGGAUAUCAUGUACCGUGAAUACCCUAACCCAUACCCACACCCCCAACAACACCCUCACCAUAACCAUCACCUCCCAAUCCCCUUCCUCCAUCCCCCUCCUACAACCACAAACCUUCCGCACCUGGCUCCGCACAUCCUUGCACCUCACCCACCCAUCCCAAAACAAAAAUACCAUCUCCACCCCCCACGGCACCAUCCUCCUAGACCCCACCCACUCCGGAACCCUCUACCUCAACGGAAUCCUCCUGCCGGGGCGCAACUUCCCCAGGGCACAAUACAAGUAUGGAUAUAACUUCCACUACGGGAUACCCACUACGAGCGGACGACGACUAGCCAGCCCGUUACAUGAGAUUGAUCUUAUCGGCUGUAUCUGGGAUGCGGCGAUUCGGGAGAAGCCGGUGUAUGCGGUGCCGAGGUUUGUGGAUAUGUUGUUGGAGGGUGGGGAUGGGGAUGGGGAUGGGAGGUCGUGGGUGGUUGAUGUUGGUGGUGGUGGUGAUGGUGGGUUGGGUGAUGAGGCGGUUGAGGCGGUUUGGUGGGCGAUUGUGGUUAGGGGGUAUGGUUGUCAUUGUGAGGGGGAGGAGGCUGGUGAGGUUAGGAAGAUGCUGGGGAAGGAGGUGGUUAAGGUUCCGUUGGGUUUGUGGGGGGCGUUUCGGAGGUUGGGGCUCGUAGGGAGGGUUUCGGAGGAGAAGGGGGGGUAA